AUGGGUGUGAGCCUCCUGCAGGCGGUGGCGGCGCUGAUGGGCACGUGCACGCGCCGGCUGCAGCGUGCGGCGAGGAGGAUGGGCGCCUGCAACGGCAAGGCGUCCAUGGCGCCGUGGAGGAAGGCCUUGUCGCUGCCGGCGGCCAGGGGACGAGGCCGGGAGCAGGAUGACGGCGGGCUGUGGAGGAAGGAGAUACUCUUGGGUGAGCGGUGCCAGCCGCUGGAGUUCUCCGGGGUCAUCUACUACGACGCCGACGGCCACCGCCUCGAGCAGCCGCCCAGGUCGCCCAUGCGCAGCCCAUACCCGACGACCAUCAAGCUCGGCGCCAACGCCGGCCGCUACUAGCGACCAUGUCGACACACCCCUCCUCCUCCUCCUUCAUUUCUUCUCCUUCCUUCGUCAGUCUGAGCCGAGCAGAAAGAUUGCAAGGCUUGCUCUGUGUUUUGUCCGGUGAGACAGAGUGCGUCUGUUCCUAGUGCUCU